AUGUAUUCUCAGCAUACUGCACGGGUGCGCUCGAUCAGUACACGAGACGCGGACGAUCGAACGAGACUGCCGCCCUUACUACAUGACUCUUACCAGCCACCUAGCAGGUCACCGCUCGAUACGAUAUACCGCAAACAUCGCCGGAAAUUGUUGCUGCUCGGAGGAGGGCUCUGUCUCUGCGCCAUGGCCUACCGCCAUCACGACAGCUUCAUCGACACACUCCAUUUGACGACCCAGACUCCACAGCAAAGGCCCGUCACUAUAGCUUUCGCGGAUGUUGAUCAUCUCAACAAGCUUGCUGCUCUGUGCGCCGGAGUUUGCUCUUCGCGUACACUCGACGCGCCAUCAGACGAUGAGGCAGUCGACCUGGACGCGCUCGAUACCGAACUGCUGUCUCAGUGGGGCUCAGACGGCCUCGGUCCCUUCAGUAACGCAUACACGGAUGGAUCUGAUCCGUUCGUACCCUUUCAGCGACGUGACACGGACCAGUUUGCACUAGGCCGAAUCCUCACACAUCGCUUCUCGCGGUACGUCGGCCUGGUCAACGACACAGACCAGGCAGACUUUGUCUUCCUGCCGCUCUUGACGCGCGAAUUUGCACAUUGUCGGCCUUGUGAAGAUCGGCAGGGUAUCGCUUGGGACGGCAAAUCGAUUGGACAUGAGAUCACAGAUCGCUAUGUAGAGCUGUUACAGACCUUCAAAUCGCGACGAGCUUAUCCCAGCAUCAUCGUACCCUUGUCGCUCAUCCGACGAGACUAUGAAGGCAACUUGCUGAAGAAAUCUGUCAGCAAGGUCUUCGACAAGGAUCUCUUGCCGAUUGGGAUAGAACGAGAGCCAUGGUACCCGCCAGAGAUUAUCCCUCAUUUCAUCAUGGCGCCUUACCCUUCAUUCUGGCACUUGCGGCACUCAGCCGAGCUCAUUAAGCAAUCGUCGUCAGAGCGACGGAAGCGGCACAAGCGCAACGAUGCUAUAUUAAUCUCCUUCAAUGGCAAGAUCGUGCCCAACUCGCCCAACAGCGGCAAGGGGCCGUAUAAUGGCUUUGCACUCAGACAAGCGCUCAACGACCAGCUCGAGGCAGCUCGAAUAGCCGGCGUGGAAGGUGUAUCGAUGCUCGUCUCAACGCCAUCUGGCUUCAGCUCAGGCUUCGACAGCAUUUUCGAGGAGAUGCAGCAUUCGACCUUUUGUCUCGAGCCACCGGGUGACUCCUCGACCCGUAAAGGCUUCUACGAUGCAAUUCUGAUGGGGUGCAUUCCUGUCAUCUUUCGCCCUCACACAUACAUCGAAGUCAGCACACCUCAAGGUCCAGUGACAGAGACAUCGCUCUACGUCCCAGAAGAUCAGGUUGUUGACGGAUCGCUCGACAUUGUGUCUCAUUUGCGAGCGAUACCAGCCCGAGUGAUCAGUGAGAAGCGUGACGCGAUGGACCGUCAUCGGCCCCAUGUCCAGUAUUCGCUUGAUGCGACUGACUCACAGGAUGCAUUCGCACAGAUUGUCACGCAUAUGUCAAAGAUAGCCAUGUCAUAG